AUGCCUGCCAAGAAUCUGCCGCCGCCGCCGGGCCCCCGCGGAGAGCCAGGUGAGUCUCCGCCCGUCACGCCAGAGGAGGUGCCGGCCGUGGAAGUCUUGGGGCAGGAGGAGUAUAGUUACAAUACCAGCAGCGUCCAGGGCGACUCUCCGCUCCUGCCUGACGACGCCGACGAUUUCCUUCCGCCCAUCAUAUCAACGGAGGCGCCCUUGGAGAACCCGAGUCCGCCAGGCUGCUCCUCGCCGCUCGGCCUCACUACCGGCGACGUCCUGGACUGGCAGAUCUCCGCCUCGUCGCUCUACCCGGCGACGUGGGACGCGGGCUGCCAGGUCAAGUACGCCCGCCUGCACCAGCCCAAUGGCCGGGCGUGGUGUGCCGGCAGGAGGGCCGCCGGCGAGUGGGUCCUCGUGGAUCUCGGUGUGCCGGCCAAGGUGACCGGCCUCCUAACGCAGGGCAAAGGGGACGACGAGGAGUGGGUGACGUCCUUGGAGCUUUCCUACUCCCUAGACGCCUACCACUGGCACUUCGCUCGAGACAUCUACAACAACAAAAAG